CUCCAACCAGACAACCUAAACUGCUGGUAGCACAGAUCUCGUUUGAGGCUAUUCCACGGCACGGCCCUUGUCGACCUCCAUGAUUCAAUAGCAUACCUACCUUAGGCUACCACAAGUGCAUAGGUCAUCUGUCCUCCCUCAUUUUGUCACAGCCUUAUUGUACCUGCGCCUGAACCGUCCUUUUGAUACCCUCGAAUCGCCCUGCACCCUCUGGCCAAUCCUAUCCCCGCCAGUGCCAUAACUCUUAUUCAUUCCACCACCUUGAUGCGAUGCUAGUCCAUCAUGGGCGCAUCAGAGUCAAAGCUGGUCUUCAAACAGGGCAUCUUUAGACUCUCCGAAGAGAGAAACAUACCGGCUAACGACCCUUAUUGGACAGGUUUUUGGGAAUUGCCAGAGUCGGUGGAUGAUGUCUUCAGCUUAUUCUCCCCAGCAGACGUUCGAAGAACUCGUGAUGCGGCGCCCGAGAACCUCGAAACCCUCAUUCUGGCGGUGACAUCUCGCCUGAACGUUCUGAGAAACCACCCCUCCUUUCCUGACCCGGAACUUGCUCCAGAAAGAGAUGCUCUCAACUGCAUAAGAGUUCUUACACGACUCUUGCCCUUCAUAUAUGAGGCCGACCACUUGGCAGAAUGGGAAGACAAAUUCUUUUGGGGCAUGCGCCGACGGAAGACGAGGAGAGCCCAAGUUGCUGGUGAGGUCUUGUUCGAUGACACCCAAACUCAAGACAAUGACACACCCGUACCGGAUGACGUGUAUGAACAAGUCAAACCCCUGGCAGAAGAACUCAUCGACAGCUUGUCCGACCUUCUCUUCUUUGCCGAGUUCACCAUUCCUCUCCUGUCUCAGGCCAAGAACAAGGUUCAUUAUGCUAUCUGGCAGAGUGGCGUCGGCUGCAAGUCCUCCAUCCCAACAAACAAGGAGUUCGAGAGCAACCGAUGCGAGGUCCUGAGAUUACUCCUCACCAUGACAGGAAAGGCCAUGUAUCUCCCAUCAAAUAUACUCCCGGUCCAAGGUGUGAGAGCGACCACGUACUUGACCACCUGCUCCGACAAGCAAAUCGUCUUGUCAGUCUUGUGCUCUUUGAUCAAUACCACCAUAAAAUCCAAUGUUACCUCGUGGCGACUACCAUAUGACCACAUGGUGCGGAAGGAUUCCCAACAAGCCCUCGUUGUGUACAGUCUACAACUGCUCCUGGUACUGCUCCUCUACACCGUUCCUGAAGAGGGGAAUGGAACACCACCAAAGAACUAUUAUCGACAUUACCUAGGACGAUUACAUAGGCCGGAAGAUUUCCAGUUUCUUGCAGACGGCAUGACAAGAGUUCUAAGUCAACCAAUGCAAGCGACGGCCUCCUAUCUACCCGGGAGCCAGAAGUCCAUCAGGUGGGCGCCCGAAAUGAUCAUGCUGUUUUGGGAAGUGCUGCAAUGCAACAAGCGCUUCCGCUCCUUCAUCAUUGAAUCCAACCGAGCACACGACUUUGUGAUAUUAAUGAUCUUCUACGCCAUUGAGCACAAAACAGACUCAUCGCGACAAGGGAUAGUGCGAAUGUGCGUGUUUGUGCUGCAGACGAUGAGUGUGGAGGCAACAUUUGGACAGAACCUCAACAAGAGAUUCGAAGCACAGGAAACAUUACCACAGUCAAUUCGGUUGGCCAAUUUCCGGGGAACAUAUGCCGACUUUUUACUGGUGUCAAUUCACACCUUGAUCACAGGAAGCAAGGGAAAACUCGAUGCCGUGUACCCUGCACUGCUGGCCAUCAUUAACAACAUUGCCGCUUAUAUGCAGCAUCUGUCACUCGCUACCAGCACUCGACUGGUGCAGCUGCUGACAUCAAUGUCGAUGCCGAGUUUUCUGCUAGCCAACGAAAGCAAUCACACUCUCCUCCGGGCAUUGCUGGAGUCCAUCACAACAAUGAUCGAGCACCAGUACAAAUCCAACACCAACCUGAUCUUUGCGGUAUGGAGGGCGCGACGGAGGAUUGAAGCCUUGAGGCAGUUCACACUCGAAGGUGGCCAACAAGAAAUCGAGAGAGCGGCCCAAAGACAAAAGGAACAAGUCUUGACCGAUGUCAGCAACGGCUUGUCGAGAUCGCCUACGGCAGACACCAUCACCUCACCGACAGGGGGAAACUCGACAUCGUCCGGAGCGGACGGGGUGGACGAUAGCUUUGUCAUUGGGGAUUCAGAUGAGUCUGACGAUGAUGACAAAUUGCCAACUCCUUCACAAUCAACCCGAUCCCCACGAAAUUCGAGGACACCGUCUUUGGCGUCGUCUUCGGCGGCGGCCGAAGAUCAUGUCCCUGUUCAAUUGGUAGGCAUGUCUGAAAAGGCGCGGGGCAAGAUGCCGGCAGGAGCACCGACCUUUUCCCGCCAGAACAGCACGACAAGUCUGUCAGCAACUUCAUCCUAUGGCAGUCGUGGUAUUUUCACCCCUACGGCGGAGUGGCUCGAAACGUGGCUACCAGACUUGCCACUGCAUACAGUGCUCACGGUAAUCAAAGUGCUUUCGGCACAUCCCAGUGCCCCAGAACGUUCUAGCGGUUCUGGUCAGUCACUUGGUAAUAACCCACCGUCGGUGGCAUCAUCUCGUCGAUCGUCAGUAGCCAAUGAUGAGCAUUCGAUCACCGAUUUCCGAGCAUACAUUCCAACGACGGCGAACCACCCGGCAAUUGAGCCGAUUCUAGCAUCACCGACAUCGAUCCGAGUCCAUUUGUUCGAGUGGUCCCCACUUUCGCUGGGGUGGUAUAUGUCGGUUCUGUGGUCGCUCAUCUUCACGGCAGAAAUGACCAUCGCUCCCGCUGCCGGCACUGCAGCAACCCUGACAGGCAACGGAGGCACUGCUGGACCUGUGGGAACAUGGAAUUCAACCCACGUCAAGCUAUUCCAAGUGGCGACGGAAGGGCGACGAGAGGGACCUAGCCUCAGCCAGCCACGAGGGGCGGUAGAUGCUGUUGGCAGCCGACUUGUUCAGGGAGUUCAAGGGUUGAAUCUGGGAGGGUUGGUGGGUCGAGUUGGAGGAGGUGUGCGCAGCCCAGCGCAGCCAGCAUCUGCUGGCUCUCAAGACGGACGAAAUCCCAGACCUAGCAUGAGAGAGGUGUAGGGACUGACAGGCGCCGCCGGGGAACGGAAUAUUUUUACAGGGACGACGAUUGAGAAGUGGCGCAUUCGAGCAAGCCUGCGCAUGAGUCUUUAAUUAGAGUCUUUAUCUUGGGGGUCUUUUUUUCCGCGGGCCAAAGGUACCAAUCUAGGAGCCAGACGAGUCACGUGAGAUGUGUAGAGAACUCAUGGCGAGGGCAGGAGCGACCGUCAAGAAGGAAGGGACCGAAGGGAGUUGGUCUACGGGGCAAGUGCAAGGCGGGAUGACACUUGGGUAGCUACACUCUAAAGGCACAGCUAAAAGCCCUGCUUUUAUGUGUACCUUGGCUGCAUCAAUGCCCUUAGGUACGAAGAUAGGAACUCAUCAAUUGCAUAAUUUAUAG